AGGUGUGAAGACAAGCUGUAACGAGACUUCUCACAAGAAGAACUGCGGCUUUUAGAUUGACAAUAUUCAAAACAAGGUUGAAAAUAUGAGGCGAGCUAAUGACAACUGCCAAUACACAUGUGUAAGACAAAACUGGUGAUUCCAAAUGUUGUAGUUGUUGUAAACUUACCUGACAAAACUGAGAAGAGCCAGGGCCCAGAUUUAAAGGCCCCCUUUCUUUUCUCAGUGAAGACUUUAAAAUGAAAGGCAUUAGAAGCUGCAAAAUGUGCUCUUACUAUGAAAAGGAAAGGUGCUUCUUGAACAGUGGAAUCUUUGACCAACAGUUUGUCAUGGAUUAUGUUUUCAUCAAUUAUAUAGGAAUUUAUUGUUGAUGUCACUUAAGGAAAAGACACAUUUAUUCUACUUUAUGCAUCAUUUUGUAGCUGACUGCAAAGUAGAGAAGGAAAAAAGUGUUUAAUUAUUAGAACAAACAGGUUUCAAGGAGAUAUUGCUGCAAAUGAGGAAAGAUCUUUUGAAACCCUAAAAGUUUGUAAUAAACUGUUUAAUAUUUAUAUUCUCUUAUGUGUUAGAAGGUCCUCCCACGAUUUUCUUUAUUUUCUUUAUCUAGAAAAUUUUCUAGAUAAAAUGUAGAGAAAAUCGUCUCUGCAUUUUGGUUAUGCAGAGGAGCAACAAUAAUACAAAAGUAUUUUAUGAUGUUCUUCGUGGCAAAUGUGCAGGCUGCUAAAAUCCAAGGCAGGAGCUACUUAUAGGCUACUUCUCACCAAGUUGAAAUUUAGUUAAGAAACGAAUUAUCUGAGCUCAGGUUUCACCAGGUGAAUUUCAUAGUCCGGAGUUCUGUAAACAUAAAAUUAAUCAGAUGGAUGCAAAGUGGACUAUUUCUUCCGAGGAAAGCAAAUCGUCAUUUAUUAAAACGCAGAGGACUUCAGUGAUCUGUCUAGAUUCGUGGAGGAAUUCAGUUGAGUGUGGGUGGCUCACGCCCUGUGCGUCACUGCGCAGAAAGUAAGUCUCCAGCAGUAGACGCUGAACUCCUCAGCCUUCACUUUGUCCUGUGACUCUCCGCUGUCACCUCCUCCCGUCCACAGCUGCGAGAUUGCGGGGAAAACAUGAUCGUUAACCCGGAGUAAAGUUUCGCAACUCUUACUGACGCCCCGCUGCUCACAGAUUUACUUCUAAAAUGGCCAAGCAGGACAGCUGUCCAUACAAUGAGACUAUGGCCUUCUUCUACAACAAAAGUGGCCAUGAAGAUAAAUGGGACAGACCUCAGCUCAUCCUGGUCCAGGUGGUGGGAUCUCUGUUCUGCUGCUUCAUCCUGGCCUCCAACGCUAUGGUUAUAGCGGCUGUCAUCACUAACAAGAGGUUUCACUACCCCUUCUACUAUCUUCUUUCCAACCUAGCUGCCUCAGACUUCCUAGCAGGCAUAGCCUACGUGUACCUCAUGUUUAACACAGGUGAGGUGUCACAGAAACUUACAGUGAGAGGAUACUUCAUCCGACAAGGGCUUCUGGACAUCAGCCUCUCAGCCUCGCUUGCUAACCUGCUGGUCAUAGCUCUGGAGCGCUACAUCUCUGUGAUGAACUGGAAAGUCCACAGCAACCUGACAAAGCGGAGGGUGACCCUACUGAUCGUGCUAGUGUGGGCCAUCUCAAUUUUCAUGGGGGCUGUGCCGAGUCUGGGCUGGAACUGUAUCUGUAACCUGGACGACUGCUCCAAGCUGGCUCCCAUAUUUAGCAGGAGCUACCUGAUUUUCUGGUCAGCCUCUAACCUGGUGGUGUUCCUCAUCAUGGUGGCAAUCUACCUGAGGAUCUAUGCUUACGUCAAGAAGAAGACAGCGGUACUCAUGCCACACACCAGCGGCUCCAUCAACCGCAGGAGGACGCCCAUCAAGCUCAUCAAGACUGUCAUGGUUGUGCUUGGGGCCUUUGUGUUCUGCUGGACCCCCGGCUUGGUGGUUCUACUGUUGGACGGCCUCAACUGUGAGACCUGUAAUGUCAAGAAAUUAAAACGCUGGCUGUUGCUUCUGGCUGUGAUGAACUCAGUCAUGAACCCCUGCAUCUACUCCUACAAAGACGAGGAAAUGUGGACAACUUUCAAGAACCUCCUGCGCUGCAUAGGCAAUGGCACUCGUCGGCAACGGUCAACGAAGGCAAACGCCAGGCCGCUAAGCUCUGGUCAGGACACGGGCAACAGCCAGGGCCUCUCAGAGGAGGUGAAAAAUGAUGAUCAGGGAAUGCUCAAGACAUGAAAAAGGAUCUUGUGUAGAAUUCUCCAGAACUUGUCUCCAGAUGUGACAACCUUAUGAAGACACGGAUUGGAGUUGACUUGAAACAGAAGCUAGUGAGUCGUUUGUCCUCAGUAUUGUUUGAAAGAGAGUCUGCAGACCAGUUGCUUCACUGUACAGCUGGACUUGUGGUUAAAUGGAGAUAAUUUUCACAGCUUCAUGCACCUGUAAGUCCCCUAAUAGAUGCAAAUGUGUGCUGUUCGGUUAGGACAAUGGAAGACUCCUCUUUCCGUCCCAUUCUGUUUUUGUGUCUUGCUCAUUAAAUCCCUCUGGGUUAUUUAAACCUGGGCACCACUGAUCUACAUUGUCUGAAGAAAGAAGCCAAGAUAUGAUACACACUUGUAUAUUGCCACAAUACAGCUUUCUCUCGCAUAGAAAUGUGUGAAUAUAUGCUUGAAUUAUGAUGGCAGUUCCAUCCUGUGUAGCUAUAUUGUUUGUGGUCAGGCACUAUAACACGGUAGAUUUCACUGUAGGUUGAAGGAUAGGUUUUAAGAGUAUUUCCUGUUUUAAAAGCAGCUGUAUGCUGUAAGCACUGUUGUGCUGUAAGUGUGGCUGAGUAGACCCUGUAAGGAGUAAUUUCCUUCAUGGCUGCCAUUUUGAUAUGUCAAAGCUGGGUGGUGCUGGUGUAGAAGGACCACAGCACUGAUAUUGUGUAUGCUGGAACUGCUAUGACACAUUACAUAGAACUGAACCAUAAUAAAUUAUCGCUUGCUCUCCCAUUUUGCUUUGACAUGUUUAAAUGGCUGCUGCUUGAAGGGCCUAUUUGACCUAACUGUAUUCACAAUUCACAAUUAUCUGCAAUUUUAGUUUAGUUGAGGAAACCACAACCUGCUUUAUUUUAUAAAGCAGUUUUGCAUCUAGGGAAUAGAUAAUAGAGUCACUCUACUCUCGCUCCAUUUUUCUCCUUUUAUCAAGUUUCCUAAAGGUAAACUCACACCUGCAACACCUCACGGUGACAAACUUGUUCUUCUGGUCACAUUUUUACACACCUGCUUCGACCCGCUGCAUGGCUACUGAGCUACUUGCUCAGAUGAAGCAGCUGUACAGCUGACAAUGGAAGGAUCAUAAAAUGAUGUUGCAACACACUGGAUUCCUGCUGGAGGUUUAGCACACUAUGUGUGCCUGCAGGAAGUGAAGAGGAUAUGACUGAAUAGACUUAAACUCCCUUCCCACACAUACAGGUCAGCCCCUGCUUUGAUGUUACCAUGGCUAAAUAAUUGACAGGAUUCAAAUGACUUUUCUUCUGUUGUACAGUAUUUAUGCUAUAGCUGCUAUAAAGAACCGUACAUCAGUGGUAGAAAAUUUGCAGCUCUUGUGGUUGGUUUAUUAAACUGAGAUGUUCAUUUGUGAGCAGAGUAACUUUUUACAACUGUUGGACUUUUAAGUAACUUUGAAGAUUUCUUUGUUUUUUCAUGUGACAUCUAUGCCCUUUUUGAGAUGAAACAGCAUGCAGAGUUCCCCAAAAAUUGCUUAAAUAUUCUGUUUACGGUUAUACUGUUGGCCCAGACUGAAAUAUCUUUACUACUAAACUGGUUUUGUAAUAUUUAUCAACAUAGGAUGAAUGCCUGUCACUGUCAGAAUAAUUCUUGAUUAAUCAACUAUAGUAUAAAGUGAUGUAAAGGUUGCUACCAACACUUAUAUCCACCUCAGAAUGAAUAUAUCCCCAAACUUUCUCUUGCACCAUUGUCCAAAUUUUAAUGUGUCCAUUAUUUCCUUUCAUGGUCAGCUGCAAAAUUAUCCUCACUUCAACAUGUUUUUUUGUGCGUUGUGCUAAUUAACAUGCUAACAUAAUAUUGUAAACAUGAUCAGUACUGUCUGUUCAACAUCAGCAUGAUAAUCGUAAUUGAUCUGCUUGAGUGACUAAUGUCUUUUUAAAUGCUGAACACACCACACACUUGGGAACUGCAUCUGCCAGACCAUGUAAUUACUUGCAAAUCCUAACUGACUAAAAGAGACUGUCUCUGGAUUUUAGAUUGGCACUAACUUACAAACACUGAUUGUAGUUGUUAGUCUAAAAACUCUUGAUAGCACUGCAAAUCUUACAAAACAAAAACCUCGGAUUACGCAGCACUCCAGUAACAUGACUGUGGUCAGCAGCUGAUUAAGUACCAUUACUUGUGAUUUUCUAGUGGCAAUUUAUGUCCAUUUACUCAAUUGAGGGCAAUUAAUGGGUGCUCUCUUGUUCCCAUUCAGUCUGUUACUGGCAAAAGAGUCUGAGAGAAAAUAAUCAAAUUCUUGGUGGAAAGAAGGAAGCCUUUUCAUAAUUGGAUUACAAAGCACAUACAUCAGUAAAAAUAAUGACACAAAGUCUUACUAAGUGAAUCUAGUAUAAUUUUAGGCAGUUAAUAUAACCUCAUUCUGCUUGAGCAGUGCUCAAAUGGUCACCUAUGACAAUAUAUGUAUCAGCAUCCGUUGGAAAAUGGUGUGCUCUGAAGGAAGAGCAUAAUAUUAAAGCAUUAAAACGUGAUCUCUAUAAUCAGCUGUAUAUAAUUGUAAAUCACUGUCAGGUCUUUUGAAAACAUGGAAUACAUAUUACUUACUGCAUACAUAGUGUAAUCCUUUGGUUCUCCCUCAAAGAUGUGUUGAAGUUUCAGGUUUCCUAUAAUUUACAAAGCUUGUCAUGCUUGAAAUGCAAGACUGUUGUUUACACUUGGCAACCACAAACCCCUCAGCCAUUUCCCUUCAAACUCGAUGUAAUCGGUCUUUACUGCAGUCAUAAAGACAUGUUAAAAUCCUUUUGUGCAGUGAAACACCUCUCAGGAUGUUUUAGUUGAUAUUGAUGUUUGACUUAAUUGAAGUCAUGUGGCUUGCAUUAACUUGCUAUAUAGUAGCGAGUACGGUAUGUCGUGAGCAGAGCCCUCUGCUGCCUGCCACUCUGGUUUAGCCUUCACAAAAACAUGAACUGUAAACUCUGUGCUGUGGCAGCCUUUUUCUACAGCUGUGCUGUAAUUAUGCAUUCUUAAAAAGCCAAUUAAAUUUCACAGAUGUCCAGAAA